AUGAGCAUUGAAGAUGCUGCAGGUAAAGCUGUAGAGGACCUGCUUUUGAAGCAAACAGCAGCUGUCCUUUCAGGUGACACUAUUUUACAGCUAUUUCUUUCAGUUCAACAAAAUCACUUGUCUUUGUCAAUGCAACAUGCAAUUGAAAGAAGCAGAGGGCUCAUUUCCUAUGUUAGAGUCAUGUUCAGUUCUGUAUGGACCUCAGAAACAUCUGAAAAGAAUGAAACAACACUUGUCAGAUCAAUCUUGAAUUACUUUCCACAUACUCUGAUUGACAACAUUUUAUUCAAGCAGAAUCCUCAUGGUGUAAAUGAUGGUCCAUCUACCAUUCUCUGUUUAGCUCAAAAUGGUCUGGUUUGGUGUUUUGAACAGAGUUCAUCAACCGGUCAAUGA